CAACUGUCGCAAACCCGCGGCUCAGUCCGCGCUGCGGGAAGACGGACACGCGGUGAAGGAGCAGCGAGAAUGAAACGACCGAAGCUGAGGAAGGCCAGUAAGCGGCUGAGCUGCCACAAACGCUUCAAGAUCCAGCGGAAGGUCCGGGAGCAUAAGCGGAAAGUUCGGAAAGAAGCAAAGAAACACGGGCCGAGAAAGUCACGCCGUGACCCGGGGGUCCCCAACUCAGCCCCAUUUAAGGAGGCAAUUCUCCGCGAGGCUGAGCAAAGGAAGCAGCAACUUGAGGAGCUUAAACUGAAGCAGAAGGAAGCCAGGCAGAAGGAAUCCGCGAAGAAAAGGAAACUUGAAGCUACAAAGAAAGAUCCAGUGAGAUUGGAGAAGAAACGUGCUAAGGCUGCUUCACAACCAGAGAAGAAAUCACCCAAAAUAGAAGAUAAAAACAGAAGGAAAUGUUUGUGCAGAGAGCUGAAUAAAGUGAUUGACACCUCAGAUGUGCUGCUUCUCGUGCUGGAUGCCAGGGACCCUCUCGGCUGCCGGUGCCCAGAGGUGGAACAAGCGUUCCUGUGCUCGGAGGGGAAGAAGCUGGUCUUCGUGUUGAACAAAAUCGAUCUGGUGCCAAAGGUGAAUGUGGAGAAAUGGUUACAGUAUCUGAUGAACGAGUUUCCUACUGUGGCCUUCAAAUCAUCGACGCAGCUACCAGAUAGCACCAAGCAGGAAAAAAGGUUAAACAAGCAUUCCUCUCACACAGCGAUAUCGCAGGUUCGUACCUGUACUGGAGAUGAAACACUUCUCAAGUUGCUCACCGGUUACUGCCACGAGGCUGAGAAAUCCAUCAGAGUUGGUGUCGUAGGGUUCCCGAAUGUGGGGAAAAGCAGCUUAAUCAACAGCAUGAAAAAGAUUAGGGCUUGUCCUGCGGGUCAGACGAGAGGCCUAACAAAAUCUAUGCAGGAGGUUCACAUCAAUAAACAGGUCAAGAUGUUGGACAGUCCAAGUAUCAUUGCUUCUCCGUCAAACUCUGCCCUGGCCCUGUCUCUAAGGGAGGUCAUGGACGUGGAGACACUGCAGCACUCGACCACUUUGGCAGAUCCUAUCCUGAAACACUGUGAGAAGCAGCAGAUCAUGCUGCAAUACAACGUCUCAGACUUUCGCAACUCACUGGAGUUUCUGACCUUGUUGGCUCGUAAACGGGGUCUGCUGAAGAAAGGCGGGGACCCAGACACAGCUGCAGCAGCACGGCAGAUUCUAUGUGAUUGGACGGGGUCCAAGGUUAGUUACUACACAUGUCCUCCAGUGAUGCAUCAACUGCCUGCUCAUAUCAACAGUCAAACUGUGGAGGAGGCCAGACAAGGCUUCAGCGCAGAAGAACUAGCCAAAGACAAUAAAACGACACUUCAAGAUGUUCGAUGCCCCACCAAAGCCAGUAGUUUAGUUUUCCAGUCUGCAGGGCUGACACUCGGAAUAACUGAGGAGAAUGACAUAGAAGAAAUGGAUGAUGAUGAUGUAAUAGAGGAAAAGACUGAAGAUGAAGUGUGUGGGGAUGAAGAUGCUGAACAAGAUCAAACCACAAACACAAACGUCGAACCAGUGAAGCGACCGGGUGCAGGAGAUCCCAGGAAGAAAAGGCUACAGAAGCCAGCAAAGUCCAGUGUAACUGUGCAGAGUCUGGAUCUCGCGUGUGAAAGUCACGAAGAUGAUACAUACGACUUCAAUACUGAUUAUGUUGCCAGUGCUACAAUAUCAUUGGAUUCUGCCUAGUGACUGCCUCUGGGACUUGCUGUGUCUGAGCACCAGGAUCACACUGCUGUAAACUAGCUACUCUAUAUUUUGGAGUUUUGAAGAAAUGUUAAAUGCUGAUAUGUAUAUCAUAAAUGUAAUUAUAAAAUGUGUUAUUGCCAGACAUUAAAAUACCUUCUUUAUGGAA